GACGCCCCAGUGUGUACGUGCGGGUUCACGGUAACGCACGAGGAACAAAUAGAGGACGAUCGGCUGCGGUCAACCUCAGUCUGAUCAAGAAAAGCGCUUGCACGUUUCAAAUUUAUCAUUUGGGAAGUGUUUCAGUGUUAGGUAGCUACAUAGAAGUCGUACACCAAGAGGAUACACUGUUAAGAAAGUCAAAAUGAGGUUACUGGGGGCGUUUGUUACCCUGUCGCUAUGUGUUUACCACGCCAAUGCAGCGACAGCGGGCUUCAUUAAGUCGCCCCUGUCCCAGAUGAAACUGAUAGAGGAUAGUGCCGUGUUGCACUGCGAGGUCAUAGGCAACCCCAUCCCCGAGGUGCAGUGGUGGUUUAUUGAGGGCGAGGAGCCAGACGAGAACUACAUCCAGCUGUUUGACGGGGCGCGCGAUGACCGGGUACGGAUCAACGCCACCUACGUCCAGCACGCCACCAGCACCCUUUACUUGUCUGAUCUCACGCUCAACGACACGGGCAUGUACGAGUGCCGUGCCUCGAAUGACCCUCACCGCAACGAGCUGAAGAAGGCGCCCAAAAUCAAGUGGAUCCGCUCCCAAGCAAACGUUUUAGUGUUCGAAACCGCCGACAUCUUGGCAAAUCCUGAAUCGGUGAUUAACCAGACCAAUGCAAUCCUCACCUGCAAUAUCACCAACCCGCCCUCCCCAAUUAAGGGCAGCUUCUGGACAAAGAAUGGCGACAAAAUCAAGGGCACCGAGACAGAGUCCGUCGCCAGCACCACCCAGUACACACUUGAUAAGAUCGGGAACACUGACGGAGGUGUGUACGCCUGCGUCUUUCAGACCGAACCCCAGUCUGAGAAAAACAUUGAAGUGAAAACACCUCCCCAUGUGAAGCCCUACAAGGAGUCCGAGCAUGGCAACGAGGAUGACAAAGGUGUGCUGGUCUGUGUGAGCCACAGCUACCCACCACCCACCGACUGGACCUGGUACAAGGUUGGCGAAAAUGAUGAAACUGAAGCCAUCAGCAACGGAACUGAUCGGUACGAGAUCAAGAGCCAGCCUAACAAGACCACCCUGUACAUCCACGCGUUGGACAUCACCAAGGACAUGGGCGACUAUGUGUGCCAGGGCACAAAUGAGCUGGGAGCGGCCACAGGCAAAAUCCACCUGCGCGUGCGCAGCCGCCUGGCCGCCCUCUGGCCCUUCCUGGGCAUUGUGGCUGAGGUCAUCGUCCUCAUCACCAUCAUCUUCAUCUACGAGAAGAAGAGAAAGCCUGACGAGAUCACCGACGAUGACGACUCAGGAUCUGCUCCGCUGAAGAGCAACGCGGCCACAAACCACAAAGACAAAAACGUCCGUCAGAGAAACUCCAACUGAGUUCUCAGAAAGGUUUCCGUAUGACUACUAAUACAAGAGUUUUCAAGAGGAGCAUUGAAUUGCAGAGUAGCACAGAAUCUAGUGCACCAUGCAGUCGUCUUUUUUUUUUUUUUUUUUUUAAAUCACGUCUCUUUUUUUUUUUUACCCUCCUUUUUUCUGUUUUGUUGGCUUGAGUGUAAAUGUGUAGAGAUAAUGAGUUGCUUUCCUCUUGCUAUUUGUAAAGAAACAAACAUAAAUAUAUUCCUGUGUGUAUAACUCCAACCUGUUGUGCUGCCAGUAAAACCUGUAUGGAGACUUUAGAUGGGUGUUUGCAUGUUUUUGCAGUAAUUGAGGUGUGCAUAGUGAGAACCAUUUGUAAAUGUGGGAAUGAUGAAGUCAUUUAGUUCUUUUGGUGGGUUUUUCCCUGCACUGCCCCCUCCAGGUAUUUCUCUUCGUCAGCCUUCAGCUGAAGCUCGCCAUGAACGUGUCUCCAGAUCUAAAUGCGUCGUCUGACCUAACACCACACUGUGUUCUGAGGCGGGGACCCAAAGCCUCUGGUUCUCACUUUUAAAUCUGAAUGUUCUCAGUCUAUCCUUUCUUCUCUCUCUCCCUCUAUCUCUCUUCUUUUUUUCUUUCUUUCUCUCUCUCUCUCUUUUUUUUUUCCUUCUACAUUUAAUUUAAGCCUUAAUGCCAGUCUGUCCAUAUUGUUUUCUAUGCUCUGUUUUCCUGUGGGUGUAGUACUGUUUGUGAAGAUGGAGAGUAAGACUCAAUGCAAUACUAAACCACAUGCUGCAUGGGACUAAUUAUUGCAGAGCAUCACUUUUACGGUUCCUUCAACCAUGCAUAUUUUAUUUAAGGUUUUAAUUACAUGUGGAAAUAAUGCUUUUAAGAUAUAGAUUAACACUUUGCCCUUUGUGAGUUACAUGAACAGAAAUCUCUUUUUAGAGUUAUGUACAUGUAAGGACCAAGAUUAGGAAAGGGUGUGCCAUUUCUGUUCACUGCUCUGGGUAAUUGAUGAAGGCUAAAAUAACCUUUUAACUGCAUUUAAAAGCCUUGCAAUGGUAUAUUUAAUGUAUUCUGGAUGCCAUCAGUGAAGGCAAUUUAAAACAAAUCCAUUCAGUGAAGACUGUUCCUUGUUCCCCCCUCUUGUAGACAAAAGCCAUAUUUAGGAUUACCCAUUAAAAAAAUAUUGUGGCUGGGUGUGCACCUUUUUUUGUUUUCUUUUUUUCUUUUUUUAAGUUGAAUAGUACGUUUGAUAUUAAACACCCUCAUUAGAAAUGUCUAAAUUAUUUUGGCUAAGCAACAUAGCAAGCACAGUUCUAACACUGUCAACUGUACUUACUUGCACAAUCUUAAUAAAGUUCUUUGAUUUGACAAAA